UCCCUGUCAUUCGUAAAUUCUUGAAUCAACCACAAGCGUAUCUUUACCUAGUACUUGCCAAGUCUUGGCUGGCGAAUAACCUGGAACUGCAACGUCACACACAAUCACUGAGUACUGAGUACUGAGUAGUCGUGUCUGGUUGGGUCCAUAAUUCGGAAAGUCCCAGAGAUGAGCAGUGAUCAGACUUCGGGUAAAUCCAAAGCUGAAAUCCACCCGACGAUUGACUUUGUUGCAGGAACAGUUGCUGGCAUAGCUGGAAUUAUCGUAGGAUAUCCCUUUGACACUGUCAAAGUACGCUUCCAAAAUCCUGCCAUCUCAUCUAAAUACCAUUCCACAUUCAACGCCUUCAACACGAUUGUCCGAGAAGAGCGUUUCCUCGGGCUGUACAAAGGCGUCGUUUCCCCUCUCGCUACAUGCGCAUUUCUCAAUGGCCUCGUUUUUGCUUCUUACAAGUUGUUCAUGAGGGGUCAGUUGGAAAGCGAAACUACGGUCCCAACGCUCACACAGAUCACACUUGCUGGGGCAGGAAGCGGAAUAAUAUCUUCGUUAAUCACGACUCCCACUGAACUGAUCAAGAUCAAGCAGCAGAACACAAUGACAGUUGAUCCUGCGAACGCUUCCGCAAGGGCAAUUGCACUGCGCAUAUAUAGGCAAAAUGGUAUAAGGGGCUUAUAUCGAGGAAUCACUACAACUGCUCUCAGAGACUGUGGUUAUGGUGCCUACUUCACUGCCUACGAGGCGACAUGCCGUUACUUUGCUUCGCCCGUCUCUACUGCAUCAUCGGACCACUCGUCCAUAUUCUCAGAAAUCGAGUCUGAGAUGUCAUCCCUAUCCCUGCCUGCAUUUUUGGCUGCCGGCGGGGUGGCGGGUAUCGCAGGUUGGAUCACGACAUUCCCUUUCGACGUUGUCAAAACUCGGAUUCAGUCGAGCGACUAUACACCCUCCUCGAGUCUCGCUCAAGGUGUUGAUGUAGCGCAUCAUAAUCCAUAUCGAACUACAAUGUCUGCGUUCAUGAACUCAUACCGUGCAGAAGGUAUGAGCGUCUUCUUUAGGGGCCUGGCGCCUACACUUAUUCGUGCGAUACCAGUGAACAUGGCCACUUUUGCCGUCUUUGAGUCUGCCGUCCAUGUACUAUCAUGACAAUGUAAUGAUGUAUAUACUAUCUCAUUCGCGCAUGACGAACACACCAUGUACCAUACCCUUAUAUUUCAAGCUAUAGUAAUAGCCCCAGGGCAGACGUCCUAUAUACAACAUUCUAUCCGAAAGGCCAAAUUAGAGUAGAAACAUGCAAUGCAUAUAAUACAAAUGCUGAGUGAUCCGACACUAGUGAGAGUGAAUUUUCCUAACAAACGUGUAUAUAUCCAGUAAGACUAAAGUAUUAUGAUGGAGAAAUCUAUGGCAUAUCGAUUCGUUGUCGUCGUGAGCUUGGGCGGAACGUUGUGGUUCCCCGUCCAUGUGAGAGCUCAGUCAUAGCGCGCAUCCUAUGCACGUGAGAGGGUAGAGUGUUGAUUUCCAUACAACGUGAAUUCGACCAGGGUCAAGAGAGCCUCGACGAGAUGACUUACCGAGAUUAUUAAGUAAACCACUCGGUGAAAGAACAUGUUACUGCACCCGUUCAAGAGAAGAUACAGCCAUGGUAUGAUCUUCCCUCACCUCCGCCUCAACGGAUGUCAGGACUUCUGCCCUGCCACUGCUCCAAGCCAUCUCGAGCCUCUCAGCUGCAGUGCUAUCUAUGAUCAACCAGCACUUGCGUCUCGAGUGUAUAG